AUGAGGAAUCGGAAGCAAGGGAAGCUUAAUCCGAGGUUUAUGGGACCAUACAGGAUCAUUGAGCGAGUGGGUCCUUUGGCUUAUCGAUUGGCCUUGCCCAACAAAUUAGCCGGAUUUCAUGACGUGUUUCAUGUGUCUCAAUUGCGAAAGCACAUACCGAAUCCAAGAAUGGAAGUUCCAAAGGAAGAGGUUGAGGUUCAUCAGAACCUAACCUAUAUUGAGAGACUAGUGAAAAUCUUAGACUACAAGGAGAAGAGGCUGAGGAGCAAAUCAAUUCCGCUAGUUAAAGUUCAGUGGAACCAUCGUUCUGAUUGGGAAGCAACAUGGGAGCUAGAAGAAGAUUUAAGGCGUCAAUUUCCCAAAUUAUUUGUUGAUGUAAUGGAAGAGUAG